GAAAAUAACUAUGUGCAACGCUACGAGGUUUUCAUCAAAAAGUGUUGUGUAGUCGUUCGUUUAUACAACGAAGCUGGAAACACCUUAUCCGUCAAGAGUCCUCUCGCGUUCUAUGUUUUUCUUUCAUUGCCAUUCUUGGUCUACCUUAUAGAGAAUUUAUCAAACUGAAACCCUGUCCAAAUGACUCUUGACUAUCACAUAAGCGAUUUUAGAACUGAUGUGGAUAAAAGCAUCUACGAUCAAACACGAGAAGAGAAAAAAUUCUUUGACAAAGUCCUUGGUCUUCGCAGCAGUGUAAGUGAUGAGGCUGGAAUAGAAUCCAUGGACCUGCAUCAUUUUGAAGAUGACCAAACAGUUCCUUCUAAACUGACUGAGCUUCCAUACUCUCUAAUGGCUUCUCCGGGCAGUGCUUUCCAUAUAGAAACUGCUGACCACUGCCUAGAACUACCUCGGGCUCCACCUCCCAGCUAUGAGGAACAUAAAAUCAUUUCUAAAUUUCAUCACCAAGAACUCUCUCAUGAAGAUCAGGCAGCACGCUGGGAAGAUAUUCAAGAUAUAAUUAGAAGGGAAUCAUCUGUCUUCACAAAUUUAACUUCGGUGUCUUCUUUUUCCUCGUCUGUUAAAAGCGAGAAUAGACCCGGUCUGGACUGCCAAAUCCAGUCCUGGACAAGUGGACAAUUGGUGCCAGAAGUACCAAGCAAUUCAGGUUCCAACUGCAGUAUUGGUCAGACACCAGAUUGGUAUUCCAACAGUGUACCAGAGCCAGUCUGCUACAUGUCACUGGAAUCUAUCAUGCCAUCAGCAAGAAGCACCAAUUCUUCGCCUGCAUCCACAACGGGUUCUUUUGCACCAACUUACAACAGUUACCCACCUUCGAUGGCAUCUAACCCAAGCUUCUUUGAUCCCACUAGUACAUCAAGAUGUACCCCAUCACCAUCUUAUGAAAAUAACAACGGAAGCAACGUCAACAACAACCACAACAGCAACAUUACCAACAACAUUCUCAGCGGCAGUAACAACUGCAGCCCAAGCAACAACACAUUAAUAAAUAAGAAACAAAGAUCGUGUAAGAAAAUCUCUGAAGAAAGUCCUGACAAAAUCUGUGGCAUGACGUUCCAACAAUUAAUGUCGCAUAUUCCAGAGUCUGGACAUAUUCAGUUAUGGCAAUUCCUAAUUAAGCUUCUGUGUGACAAAACAAACAAUAAUUGCAUUCGUUGGGAAGGAGAUGAAGGUCAUUUCACUAUUCUGAACCAAGAAGAGUUAGCUAAGCGAUGGGGUGAACGUAAGCGACGUAAACAGAUGACUUAUGAGAAACUCUCCCGUGCAAUUCGGUAUUAUUAUGAUAAAAACUAUGUACAUAAAAUUCAUGGAAAGAAAGCAACUUAUAAAUUUAAUUUUGAUGAGUUGCUGAAAUCAUCGAGCCGUCCAAGCCAUCAGUCAAAGAAUAAGGAAACUGAUGAAUCAACAACCAUGGUUCAGUCAUAUGAUAUUUCGAGUUUCCCUGCCACAAUGCCUGUAACACCAGCUUCUUCAUCGUCUCCUUCUUCAUCGAUGCAAAGUACUUCAUCAGGUAUAGUUUUCAAUAGUAAAAGACCACUGAAUACAUCCUCUCCCUAUGGCUCCGAGUUACCUGAGUAUUCACCACCUCUGACCAGCAAGAAACAAAAAUUACCCUAUAUUCCAAAUAUGUCGCAGCCUUGUUACAGCCUGGAGCAACAUUUCAAUCAGAAUAGUCCCUAUCUAGAUGCAUCAAGCCUUUUCAAUGAAGAGAAUACACAAACUUACUAUUGACUCGGAACCUGAAAAUGAACUUUGGCUAAUGAAUUCUGGAAACUUGUAACUCACUACCAGUAUGUCUUUUGGUAUGGAAUACUGGUUUAAAGGGCUGGAGGUUAUAGCCAGCUAUGGUGAAAACAAAAAUACGAAGAAAGGAAUUGUGAUGUAUGCAAGAAAAGUAGAACUUUUCAUGAUAUCCAACUGUGGAUAGUAAAGUAUCUGCUAUUUACUUUGCUCAAUGAAAACCACUUGUUUCAUUUAUGAUAUUUGUCAAGUCAUUAAUGAAAUAAGCUUAAUGAGUUAAAAGCAUCUGACUCUUGUUGGACAUUUCGAAGAGUACUAUUAUAUUAAUGUUGUAAGUUCAAACACUGCCAUACAUUUCUUUUGUAAAAGAGUUUGUUUGUAAACCAAUAGAAAAAUGGUUGUUAUAAAAUGAUUUAUUGAGGGGAAAAAAUUAGAAAAAAAAAGGAAACCAUGUAAACUAUUUUUAGAUAACCUAAAAAUUGUUUACUUAA